UUCACUCUCCGGUGGCUUUGCUCUGAAUCUGUGGUCCUUCAGCUCUCAGUCUCUCCUCACUCAGCUCCGACUCUCUCUUCUCUCUUCCUCUCCCAGCGACAGGGAAAUAUGGUUGGUCAAAUGAAGUUGAUGAUUGCGGAGGAACAAAAGUUCCAAGGGAAAGCAUUGUCGUUAUCCCAUACGAAGACCGCAAUCACUACGAUAAAGGAGAAAUUCACUGAACAGCAGCUGCAAAUGUUUGAACAGAGUUGUUUUGGUCAUCUCCUAGGGAUUGAGGACCUCAAGUGGACUUCUCCGAUUGUCCACGGCUUGCUGCUCAGGAAAGCUGAUCCCAAGACAGUUUCCCAACUGAACGGGAUCAAAUUCAUUGUUGGCAAUAAGGUCAUCCAAUUCACGGCGCAGCAAUUUUGCAUCGUGACAGGGCUAAGGUUUGGAAACCUUCCCUUUAUUCCGAUUCCCACUAAUGAGAACUGCUCAUUGAAACGGAAGUACUUUGCCAAUGAUAAAACUGUGAACCUGUUGGAAUUAGAAAAGGCCUUCCUCGAAUGCGAUGAUGUGGACGAUGUAUUCAAGCUUGGAUUCGUAUACUUUGCUGUGUUUGUGCUGUUGGGCAGCGAAAAACAUGUCCACAUUGACAUGCGAUAUUUGAAGUUGGCGGAAGACCUUGAAGACUUUGGGAAGUAUCCAUGGGGGGCUGUGUGUUAUGCGAAGACAAAUGCGUCACUGCUGAGGGCACUUUGUGCAGAUUACCAGCGAGUGAAAGUGCCCACAAAAACUGCAAAAACAAAAAAAUCUGGAAAGAAACCAACAACAACGGCAACCGGUAGACCAAGAGAGUACCACCUCAAAGGUUUUGCCUAUGCACUUCAGAUUUGGGCGUAUGAGGUCUUUCCAGCGUUGGCUGCACUACAUUUGGUGGUGCACGAAGAAAAUGCGUACAUCCCUCGUUUACUACAUUGGAGGAGCAAUAGUUCGCCGCGUUUUUAUGAGCUAAUGAGCCAAGUAUUCGAGAACCGUGAGGUUGAUGUGCAGCUUCUCCGGCCAUCUGUGAUGGACAAGCAGCAGCCGUAUUGGACUUGGGGUGACAGUGCUGACGACACUGAAGAACUUGUUGACUUGUUGGGCGAUGACGCUGAACAAAAAACCGGCACUUCUGCCUCUGUAGAAGAAAAAGAUAAGGACAUUGACGAAACUGCAAGCCUUCCGUCGUCUUCUAAGGGUACAGUCGCGUCCAGAGAGUUACGCACUUUGAAGCGUGACUUUGAAAGGACAAAGGAUGAAUUGGCCAAAGUUUCCCUAUCAAAUCGAGCACUUCGCGACAUAGUGCAUCAGUUGGAAGACAAGGUACGGAAGGAGUCAAUGAAAGCUGAAAAAGAGUUCGAAAAAAAUACAAAGUGUGUGGAGGAUUUCCGCAACACCCUGGCUUCAAUGGAGCAUUAUUUUAAGUUGGAGAUAGAGCAGCUGAAAAAACAAAAUGGUGGGGUGAAUGAAGCUGCGGAAGGACAUGAGGACCUCGGUAGUCCUCAUAUGAAUGAAGGAGGCAACAAUGACUUGUCGCCAUUACAUGCCUAUGUUAGUCCGCCUACAGAACCGGCAGUAAUGGAAACACAAGUCCCCGGUGAUGGAGCCGAACCUUCCGCAGCCAUGGUAGUUGAAGAGGCAAAAAUGGCCGCUUCAGUUCCUCACUUAGAAGUGCAUGAAGUAGCUGACCAGGCACAAUCCGAGAAGCUGCCUACCCCGGAAGAUGUGGCCGGGUGUGACGAAAUCUGCCAAAGAGUCAUGAAGCUGUUAGAAGAUUGGAAAAUCACUAAAAGUAUGCCAUCGGGAGGUUUGAUGAAUCCUCCAAGUCUACCCACAGUUACUAUGGCUGGUGAUGAAGAAGGUAGUUCGAGUGUUGAAAAAAAAGAAGUGGAAGGUAAAGGGUGCAGACAGAAGCGCCCGGCGCAGACAUUGUUGAGCCCAUUUACAGAUCCUUUGAGGAAGAAGAGGACGAUGACUGUGUCGGCUGCGACUGCAACCCCGCCAUGUUUUGAUCCAUCAAAAUCCUUGCCCAUUGAAGAUGUGAAGGCAUUUGCCUUUUGUAGUGCGGAGGUGCAGCUGGAAUCAUUUUCAGUGGGCGCUGAUUUUUUCUACAGACUUGUCGAUGAAACGGAAUGGAUGAGCUCAAGGCACCUGGACAUGGCAACCUUUCUUAUCCGCAAAAGGCAACUCUCUCAUCCGUUGGUUUUUGGAACUGACUGGACAACGGCAGAUUGUUGCUUGCAGCAAUUUCUAGAGCCGUUCAAACCGACUGCCAGGAAACGUGGAUCGAAGAAGGCAGCUGCUUCAAACACCGUUGACCUUCCACCCAGCAAGCUGAAGAAUAUACAUCACUUUGUGCGUGGUACGUGGCAACACGGGUAUGCCCAAGCUUGGACAAAAGUCCGGAAGGUCUAUUUUCCAUAUAAUCUGAAAGGGUCUCACUGGGUUGCAAUCGAAAUUGAUUUCGUCAGACAUACUGCAACUGUGUAUGACUCCUAUGUUGAUUUUACCAAACGUUCAAAGCUGGCACGAGUGCUGUACGAUAUGCACUUUUAUGAUGAUUUUGAGGUUGAAGAGGUGAAGCAAAAGGGGCUGACGAUGUCAAUGGAUACGCCAUUCUCAGUGUGCAGCAUUGCAGAUGUGCCACAACAAAGAGAUGGGUAA